UCUCUUUAAGAGCCACUUCUUCUGACUGCACUCGGCCAUUUCCGUCUCCAACCAGCCGGUGGUGUCAGUCAACAACCGUGGAGACUUCAAAUCACUCUGAACAUAUACCCUACACCUCUGAAUAGGAAAAGUUGCUGCUGUUGCUGUUCUGAUGGUCAGCCAUGGAUGAAGACGACAGCCAAGAUGAGCUGAUCAAUUGCAGCACAUCUCACAGCAGAGGAAAAAGAGCUGCACUGUGGGCCAUAUCAGAUGACUCUGAUGACUCAGACGUGGAGUCUGAGGAGGGAGAAUCUGAAAGUGGGGAUGAAGAAAAGGAUGGCCAAGUAAAUGGAGAUGAGGAGGAGGAAGAAGAAGAAGAAGGGAAUGAAGAAGAGGAUGAUCUAGAAGAAGAAGAAGAUGCUCAGCCAGAAGAUGGAGCUUUUGGAGGAACCUCUGUGGACCUUGCAGUGAUGAGCUCUGAUGAGGAUGCAGAAAAGUGCCCCAUCUGCCUUAACUCUCUCAACAGCCAGCCUGUUGCAACACCAGAGAACUGUGAGCACUACUUCUGUUUCGACUGCAUCCUGGAAUGGGCCAAGAAUGCAAACUCGUGUCCUGUCGACCGUAUGGCCUUUAACAGUAUAUACCUUAGGAAAUGUUAUGGAGGCAAAGUGAAAAAAAUGAUAACUGUGCAAAAGCCUGUGAAGGAAGGGCAAGAGGAAACAGUUAAUUUGAACUUGGAGCAGACCAACUGUGAGGUUUGUGGGGGCAGUGACCGAGAGGACCGCCUGCUGCUAUGUGACGGCUGUGAUGCAGGAUAUCACAUGGAGUGCCUCACGCCGCCUCUUGACUCUGUUCCUGUAGAGGAAUGGUUCUGUCCUGAGUGUGAAGCCAACAACCGUAACUCAAGAGGUUCAGCUGAGGAACUCAGUGAUGCUGACAGCCUGCCUUCUACUGCACGUCCUGCCACCAGUCGAUCACAAGCCCGUGCUUCAGGCCCCACCAGAGCCAUUGCCCGUACCCAGCAGAGUGAGAGGGUCCGAGCCAAUGUCAACCGACAUCGCAUCACACAGGCACGCACGUCGCAGCUGGCCCCGACAUAUCUGAUGCAGUCCACUUGGCUGGAUGAAACGAUUAAUGCUGUGGUUGCUGGGCUCAACACAGCUGUAUACAUACGGGACUUAACACCCCGUUUAGCAUCUAGCCGUAAACGCAAGACUGGAAAGCACAAAAAGGUGAAAAGUAGGAAGACAUCUGCUAAAAAUGGUAAAGUGUCUAGCACGGGAGUCAAGAGGAGGAAACGAAAAGUAAGGAGGAAUAAAUCUAGGAAAAGGAUGAUGAUGAAGAAGGUUGCCACUCCACGAAGACGUAUUGCUAAUAGUCUUGGAAUUGUAAAGGACAAGAAGAGCUCGUCGCUUCCAACAGUUUAUAGGCCAUCAGAGCACACACUAAGCAAUAUGCGUGCUGACAUAGGAGCUGCAUCCCUCUCUAUCUAUGGAGACCCAUUUGAUUUGGAUCCAUUUGUGGAUCGUGAGGAGGAUGAACAGCAGGCUCAUGUUUCAUCGCUACUGGAGGCCAAGAGACGAGGGAUCUCCUGCUCAGCGCUUCGCUCUCAUCAGCCUGUGGCUCGACCAAUCACUGCAAGUCUUUCCAGGAGGGGUAUGGAUGUCCACCCAUCAGGAGGUGUUGUGGAGGCAGCUCCUGUGCCUGAUCUGCUGGGCAGCAUCCUGUCAGGACAGAGCAUGCUCUUGAUGGACAGCUCUGAUGUUGUCAUUAAUCGAGAUGGUUCGCUUAAAGCUACCAAACCAAUGAUGCCAUCUCCAUUAAUACCAGGCAGUAGAAAAAGCAGUAGCUCUGGAGAUGCAAAUAGCCCAGGGAUGUCAGCAGGUCUAGGAGACACUUCUCUGUCUGUGAACUACAACAGAGAUCAACCAGGGCCCUCCUGCGCCUCUGUGAGCACACCAUUGUCCCAGAGCUCAACUCGGUUACGUCCUUUAGCAGCUUCUUCAACUAGCCACACACAAACACCUCUCCAUUCUGAUCUCAGAGGGCAUCCAGGUUUGCAUCCACCUCGUCCAAACAGACCCACACCCUCUAAUCACCGGGUAAGCAAUGGAUUUGGAGUCCCUAGGGAAGGCUUGUCAUCUGUCUGUCCCACUGCAGAGUCAAGCUCCAAAAGCAAGGGAAUGAUCCCAUCACAAAGCCAACCUAAAAAGGCACCUACAAAACCCAUGUGGGUAGAUGUGUCAGAACUUCCUAGAAUACCAAAAAUAAAGAGGGAAAGUAGUGGCAUGACAAAUGAUGGCACUAGUCAAGAUGGCAGUCAUAAAGUUAGUAGCAGCAGGCGUCAGGGUAGUAGAUCCACCCCUAAUGGUAAUGGUUAUGGCAUGCCUGAAACGGGCAUGAAUAAUCUUUCUGGGGACAAAGGAAGGCAGCAAAGUGUAGACCGGCAAAGGGGCCAGGCUGAUGGUCAGGCCUCGAAGCACAGGCCUGAUGGAGGUAGCUCAUCUUCAGCUUUCUCUAAUUCAUUCUCUUCAUCCUCAUCCGCUGGGUGUCCUGCCGGCCAGCCACGAUAUGCCUCCUCAUCGUCGUCGUCGUCGUCGUCAUCAUCGUCAUCAUCAUCAGUGAGCUUCCGCAUCAACUCUAGUGGGAACCCAUGGCAAUCAAGGCGGCUAGGCAUUGCAUCAUCCUCUUCUAGUGUAGGCGCCUUCCAGGAACACUGGAGGAAAAAGGAUGAUGAAGCUAGAAAGAGACAAUUGGACAGGGAUAAACAAAUGCUUUUGGCAUCACGUACUCUGGGUAGCAAGGAGCAAGAUAAUAUAUAUGAUCCCUUUAAUCCUACUCUGUCAGAUUCAAGCAGCUCAGGUGACGAAACGGAGGGCACAAGCCCAGAUGGCACUUCUCAGUAUGUCACACUUGACAGGAAGCCUCCUAGUCUAAGUAACAAGGAGACUAUAAUGCAAAACGAGCAGGACCUGGUACAGGUGAAGACUGAAACAUCAGAGAUUGAGGUCACACAGGAAGGACCAGGGAUAGCUCAGGAAACCACAUCUGGGGCCAGACUCUUGGAGGACAUUGUAAAGGUUGAAAAUGAAUCAAGACUAUCAGGCAUAAAGACUGAAGAACAAACUGUAUCACUUGACAAAGUUAAGAAAGAACCUUGUGAAAAUGUAGGUGAAUCUGAAAUCCGUGGUGACAGAUUUUUUAAUUCAGAGACCACAGACACCACACCACCUGCUGAUCAAACUCUGGAUCUUGUAAAGACUGAGAGAGAGACUCAAGAGGCAAAGAGUGGACAGCGUGCUAGAAUUCCCAGCAGAUCUCUCUCAAAGGAUAAGGAAGAUUCAUCAGUGGAUAACUCUACAACUGUCAAGAGGAAACAAAAGGAAGAAACUAAAUCACAUGUUAUGUCAUGCUCAAAGUCCCCAUCAAGAGAUUUGGACUAUAAGAAGAAAAGCUCCAAAGCUUUGAAGGAGCAGUCCUCCAGUGGAUCUGAGACAGACAGAGGCAGGAGAGGAGAUCAGCAUGGUUCAGGCCAUGUGACAAAGCAAAAAGAAGUAGACUGUAAGGAGAAAGAAAGGAGUUCCAGGCGAUCACGGUCUAGAGAGAGGAAUAGGGCACACUCAAGCUCAGACAGUUCUCAACCCAAUUCCCCUGAUAGGACUCACAGAAAGAGACGGCGGUCCAGAUCACGAUCAAAAGAUGAAAGGAGAAGAAGGCGAUCCAGGUCAGCUUCCAGCUCCAGCAGUAGAGACCGUUCAACAAGGAAGAAACAUAAACGAAGGAGCAAGGAGAGAAGUGAUGACAAAGAGAGAGACCACGAAAGACGACGAGUUUCAAAAGACAAAAGACGUGGUCGGUCUCGGUCAAAGUCCCAGUCCAAUUCACGUUCCAGGUCCAGAACCCGAUCUAGAUCAAAGGACCGUAAGCAUGGUCGGUCAAAAUCCCGGUCCAGAUCCAGGGAGAGGAGGAGAGAACACAGCAAACAUUUGUCUCUCUCUUCAAGAGACAAGGUGGAGUCACGAUCUAAAGAGAAGAGGAGAAACAGGUCUAGAUCCAGUUCAAGAGAGAAAAGCAAAGAAGAAAGAUCAUCCAAAAGCUCACACCAAACUUCUCUUUCAUCCUCCAAAGACGCAAAGAGGUUGCAAGACAAGAAAAAAGAGAAAGAUGUUUCUCAAAGCUACAGUAAAGAUGAAAAAGUUGAAGCCAAUGUGAAUAAAAAGGAGGGUCCAUCCUGUUCUUUCGCCUCUGAAGUAAAAAAGCCGGACAAAGUCCUUAGUGCAGAGAGCCAGUCCAAAACUACAGAAAUUACAAAAGAAGCAAAGGAUAGAAAAGAAAUUAAGAAAGAAAAACAGGCAUCGGUUGACAUGUUUGAAGAUAAUCCUAUUAGUAUAUCGAUUAAGAAAGAGGAAACAGACACUUGUUCUUUGGCAGUAAGCAAAGAGGAUAUCGAAGUCCCCAUUAAGACUGAGACUUGCGAAAUUCCCAUUGUUAAAUCAGAGCCAGCCUGUGUAUCCAGCUUACCCCCUGAUACUUCCUUUUCUACGCUGACCUCGCCUGUUGCAGACGAAAGCCACCAGGACACAGUCUCUGAGACUCAGGCCGUGGCCAAACAUCAAACCACUGAAUUGACUGUCCCUGUAAAACUGGAAGUUCAGCAGCCUUCAGACUCUGAUGAUGACUUUAAUAUUGAUGUGAUGCUAGACAGCUUGGAUUACGUGAAAUCUGAGCACACAGAGAGUACUGGUGCAGCUGUCAUACAAGAGAAAGAAGUGGUGGACGGGAAGAAUGAGGUACAGCAGAUAUCAACAAAAGCAGGAGCAAAAACAUCCAAAACACAAGUGAAGCGUGUUACCUGGAAUAUACAGGAGCCUGAGGGUCCGCAACCAGAGAAGUCUGCGAGCAAACUUGCUCUAUAUAAACUGAAGCUAAAGCAGGAAGGGGCUCGCAGACCUUCUUUGACAGUCCAGGCAUCCAGUCAGGAUAUCACUGAAGCUGUUAAUGACCCCUCCAAGAAGUGUGCUGAUGGUCUUCUCAGUACUUCCUCUAAAUCUGAUGGUCUUCAUUCUGGGGAGUUAUCGGCCACUGCACAAGGAGAGGCAGAAGAAGGAGAUUUAUCAAGGAAAGACAAGUAUUUGAAAAAGCUGCACAUGCAGGAGAGAGCGAUAGAAGAAGUUAAGCUAGCUAUCAAACCUUUCUACCAAAGGAGAGGUAUCAACAAGGAUGAAUACAAGGAGAUUCUUCGCAAAGCCGUUCAGAAGGUGUGCCACAGCAAGAGUGGAGAAAUCAACCCAGUGAAAGUUGGAAAUCUGGUUAAGGCAUAUGUGGACAAAUAUAAACAUGCUAGGAAACAUAAAAAGGGAGACGAUUUAGGAAAAGCCCCAGACACCCAGGCUGAAGCAGCGAAAACCUCUGACAGUCCACGAUGAGGCAGGAACUAUAGGGAGGGACAACUACACCCACACCCACAAUAUUCACUGAUUCAUAUAUUAUGCUAUGUUAUUCUAUGUCCUAGAAUUGGGCGUGAUCACACUCUAAACAUACCAAGUGCAAAAGGUCAACCAACCUUUGCUCACAGUUUCAAGAUGGAACAUUUUCUAUAAUGUUGAGAUUUCUAUCUUAAUGGUAUUUUGAACACAACCUUUAUUCACUGAUGACUUGAACAGUACCUAUUGGUGUCUCUUGCCAAGAACUAUUCUCGUUUGUAACACAGCUCAGAAACUUAAUGGGAGACUUUGAGAGUGUGCCUUAAAGAGGCAAAACUCAAAGACCAUCCCAUAGAGGUAAAAACCGGGUAGCUUUCUCCAAUGGCAUAUCACUGGUAGGAUACAAUGUGGCGUGGCUUUUGAGUUUUCUAUGUAUUUCUUUUCUUUGUUUGUUUGAUGGGAGGGAAGGGGUAUUUAUCAUAGGCAAAACUCAAUUUGUCAGACGAGAAGCGAGAAAAUAUGCAGAAUAUGCAUAUUUAAGAAAAUUACAUGUUAAGAGAGCACAUGGUUAUGCAAUUUUUGUAGAAGAUUUAUCAGUAGACUUAAAAAUAAUUUUAGAUUUGGUUGUAAAUAUAAUAUAUAGAUUUGAUACAUCCACCUGUAUGUUCCUUUCAUCCGUGUUGCCUGUUGCGAAUGAUUGACAUAAAUUUGUUCUAGUUCAAGUUGACUGUGUUUAAUGUUUUAAAUUUAGCGCUUCUUUUCAUAUUCAUAUUUCUAAUAUCCAUGUAUAAUGAACUAAGUUCAGUUCAGCAUAAUGCAGGUGAAUUUGGAGUGAGUAGUCAUAUUCUGUUCUCCUUUGCUGUAGCUUCAGCUCCUUUUAAACCCGUAAUUUUUUUUAAAGAACCAGAGAAUAUUAGUUUUUUGUGCCAAAGGAGUAAAAUGAAUACAAAAUCCAUAGGUGAGAUUUCAUUUGUUUCAGUAUUAUGUUUUUAGACAAGGGAUACAAUUCCAUAGUAAAUAAUAUAGCUUUUACUCAGGAGUGAGGGCAACACAUUUCUCAGUGGCAAAGGUGGAAAACCCCAGUUAUUCUUGCAAAAAAUGUGGUGCAAAUUUCCACUCAAUUCGUAUGUCACAAGCAACAGCAUUUUCCAUUUUAUUCAGGGUAUGUUGAAUGCAUAUCUAUAAUUGGAGCAGUGGCUGUAGCCUAAACCUUAGUUUUUGAUGAAAGCAUACAAACUAAUUCUUGCCUGUUCACCACUCUGUUAUCUAUACUAGUUUGUCGACUGUAAACACUGAUUAAUUAGGUUACUGGACCUGCCUUGUACUACUUCCUUGUCAUCAUCUUUAAUUGUGCUGUAUAAAGCCAGGAACUUGGAAUGGAAGAAUUUAACAAAUAGGUGCUCAUGUUAUCUGAAUGUGAUUUUUUUUUUCUCUAUUUACUUGAUCAAACAGUCCAGGUGUUUCUACAAGGAAACAUCAAAGAAUAAAUCACUGAUGACAAAGA